AUGAUCAUCAUGAGGCACAGGCUCUACCAGGCCCUGCUAGGCGGGGUUGUGAUAGUAAUGGGCCUGGCAUUCCUGGGAACCAAGCUCGUGGUGUACUAUACUCGCUGGAACGACGACCUUGGCAUCUCCAUAUUCAAUGGCAAGCUACCAACGAUCCCGCAAUACGAUCAGAUCGCCAACCCGUCGCAUGCACCUUUGAUCCCCGAUACCGAGCCGGGCCCAGUACAGCAUGCGUCGAAUAUCCCGAGCGAGCCCACAGUUCCAAAAUCUACCGCAGUGCCGACUGAAUCAAGUGGGAGCUUCCGAGAUUUCAAUGCCGAGUGGAAUAAUAAGAGCACAUGGCCCCAAUGGUCGAAACAACAGAAAUCGGCAGACUCGACCCCGACGAAUCGCAUUUCGCACGAACGACUCGAUCGUCAAGUUCAUUCGAUAUUGAAUUUCAGGGACGAAUGGCCCUACGGGCGUGUUUCUUGCCCGGCAAAUAUUGCGGAUAGAUAUGAGGGCUUGAGGGUUAUGGAGGAUAACAGCCAGGUGCGGUACUUUUUUGCGUUGAAUCCAGUCGAUGCCCUUGAAGCUCUUCCGCGAUUGAUGAGUAGCAUCAUUGAGACCGUAAAGUAUCUGGGUGUCAAGCACGCUGCGAUUUCAAUUGUUGAUGGUGGAUCCGACGAUGGCACGUGGGAGGUUCUCGAAGCGUUGAAACCUUUCAUGGAUAAGAUGGGUGUGCAGUACUUUCUCGCGGCCAGUGAUCAUAUAUCGUCGGAUGCGAAUGAUACAGAAACCCUUGCAAACCUUCGAAAUCAAGUACUGCAGCCGCUGAAAGCUAAAGGGGUGGAACCUCUGCAUGCACUAGCAAGCAUGUACUCACCAGAGGCCGUGGUUAUAUUCCUAGACGAUAUCGUGAUGUGCCCUGAGGAUAUACUGGAACUAGUCUUCCAGCAUAUCCACCAAGGGGCACAGAUGACAUGUGCAUUUGAUUGGAUCUUUAACGGAAGCGUCUUCCAUGAUGUCUGGACAUCACGAUCGCUAGCUGGGAACACUUUCUUUCAGAUCCCGCCUGAUGGCUCGUUGGCCGCAAGCGACAAUAUGUUCUUCGACGACCGAAUCAACAAGCCACGAUACGACGCUUUCCUGCCUCUGCAGGUUUAUUCGUGUUGGGGUGGUAUGGCAACAUUGAAUGCUGUGUCAUUUGCAGAAGACACUAUUCGAUUCCGGCCCGCAGAGCAAACAGAAGCGGAUUGCUACAAGGGUGAGCCCAUGCUACUUGCCAAGGAUAUGUACAGCCAAGGUCUUGGCAAGAUCCUAGCCGUCCCGUCGGUGAAUGUGGCUUAUUCCGAUAACGAAGCGACUGAGACAAAACACAUCCGCGGAUAUGUUGGCGAUCAUAUCAACACAUCCAGCCAAAAGUUGAAUGAAUAUGAGGUGGUUCAGUGGCAAACGGCUCCUCCUGAUAUGAUCAAAUGCCUUGCCCAUUCGGACCAACUGGCCUGGACAGAGUGGACAGAGUCUACUUGA